AUGGCGGACCAUCUUUUAUACUAUAACGACUCAGCUGGGGUUAGGAACCGAUUCGCCCGCAAAGGGGCUUUGCGGCAGAAAAAUGUGCAUGAAGUGAAGAACCACAAAUUUACUGCGAGAUUUUUCAAGCAGCCGACGUUCUGCAGCCACUGUACAGACUUCAUAUGGGGAUUUGGGAAACAAGGAUUUCAAUGCCAAGUGUGCUGUUUUGUGGUCCACAAACGGUGCCAUGAGUUCGUCACAUUUUCCUGUCCUGGAGCCGACAAGGGUCCCGACACGGACGACCCCAGAAGCAAGCACAAGUUCAAGAUCCACACAUACGGCAGCCCCACCUUCUGUGACCACUGUGGUUCACUGCUGUACGGACUCAUCCACCAAGGGAUGAAAUGUGACACCUGCGACAUGAACGUGCACAACCAGUGUGUGGUCAACGUGCCAAGCCUGUGUGGGACGGACCACACCGAGCGUCGGGGUCGCCUCUUCCUCAAGAUCGAGGUCAGCUUGGACCGGCUACACGUCGCAGUGGGUGAAGCCAGGAACCUGAUUCCUAUGGAUCCAAAUGGCCUAUCAGAUCCUUACAUUAAGCUCAAGCUCAUCCCCGACCCAAAGAACGAGACCAAACAGAAGACCAGAACCAUCCGUUCCUCUCUCAACCCCUGCUGGAACGAGUCCUUCAGCUUUAAGCUCAAAUCAUCAGAUAAGGACCGCCGUCUGUCCAUUGAGGCGUGGGAUUGGGACCGAACCACCCGUAACGACUUCAUGGGCUCCAUGUCGUUUGGAGUGUCUGAGCUCAUCAAAUCUCCCAACUGCGGAUGGUACAAGCUGCUGAACCAGGAGGAGGGAGAGUAUUACAAUGUCCCGAUCCCUGAGAUGGACGACGCCAACCUGGAGCUCAGGCAGAAGUUUGAGGCCUGCCAGUUUAAUAUCCACUAUCUCAAGAAAGCCAAGCUGGGCCACGGUAAGAAAGUGAUCACGCCGUCAGACCACCGGCGGUUCAGCCUGCCCUCGAGUAACAUGGACCGGAUCCGACUGAACGACUUUAACUUCCUGGCCCUGCUGGGGAAGGGCAGCUUUGGCAAGGUGAUGCUGGCGGAGAUGAAGUCGACAGAGGAGCUCUACGCCAUCAAGAUCCUGAAGAAAGACGUUGUGAUCCAGGAUGACGACGUUGAAUGUGCGAUGGUGGAGAAGAGGGUCUUGGCCCAGAGAGACAAGCCGCCCUUCCUCACGCAGCUGCACUCCUGCUUCCAGACUGUGGAUCGGCUGUACUUUGUUAUGGAGUACAUCAACGGGGGAGACCUGAUGUAUCAUAUCCAACGUAUGGGCAAAUUCAAGGAGCCACAGGCAGUGUUUUAUGCGGCGGAGAUCGCUGUCGGUUUGUUUUUCUUGCACCGAAAGGGAAUCAUCUACAGGGAUCUGAAGCUCGACAACGUGAUGCUGGACUCUGAGGGACACAUCAAAAUUGCUGACUUUGGCAUGUGUAAGGAGAACAUGUAUGAAGGCAUGUCCACGCGCACUUUCUGCGGGACGCCAGACUACAUCGCCCCAGAGAUUAUAGCAUACCAGCCUUAUGCAAAAUCAGUGGACUGGUGGGCUUAUGGAGUUCUUCUGUAUGAGAUGCUGGCAGGACAGCCCCCGUUUGAUGGAGAAGAUGAAGAUGAGCUCUUCCAGUCCAUCAUGGAGCACAACGUGUCCUACCCCAAGUCCAUGUCGAAAGAAGCUGUGUCCAUCUGCAAGGGACUGAUGACCAAGCACCCGUCAAAGCGCCUCAGCUGUGGCUCCGAGGGGGAGAGGGACAUCAGGGAGCAGGCCUUCUUCAGACGCAUCGACUGGGAGCGCCUGGCCAACAGAGAGAUCCAGCCGCCAUUUAAACCCAAAGUGUGCGGCAAAGGAGCAGAAAACUUCGACAAGUUCUUCACGCGUACGCAGCCCGUGCUGACCCCUCCCGACCAGCUCGUCAUCGCCAACAUCGACCAGAGCGAGUUCGCAGGCUUCUCCUUCCUGAACCCUCAGUUCAUCCAUCCAUCCCUGCACAGUGUUGUAUGAGUGGAUGAACACACGGCGAUGAUUACAGGAUCCUUCCAAAUUCCAACAAAUGAUCCCGCAUUCAAAAGACUCAGAUCUCCUCUGUGACAGACGUUAGGGAAGCAGUGUUCAAGAAAAAGGACAUGGCACUGAUAUUUUUGCAUAAGUUCCCCCUCAACAUCUCAUAUUCUUUAUUCCUGUAUCUGUGUUGAUCCAAACCUGCAGCCUUCUUCUUGUUGUGUAUGAACGAGUCUAUCGGUUACUUGAUAUUAGGUAUUAAAGAUGUAACAUCUUCUUCAUCCUCAUGUUUCUACGCAACAAGCUGCAAUGCACGACAAGAACGGAACGUGUUUUUCUGCUCUGUCCCGGCUUCAUCUACUUCUGACCCGCUACACGUGUAUUUUAUAUUUAUAUACUAAAAAAAGAGGUAGUAUACUGUCACAUGAGUGCCAAAGUAGAAGAAGAAAAGUUUUUUCUUAAAGUCUAUGUCAUGAUUUUCCCGCCUCUGGCCUUCCCAAGACACUAGAACCCUGACCUGGGGCCGUUUACGUGUUGUUUUGUAGGAUGUGGAGCUACGGUUGAUCUAACUCAACGCAGAGAAACAGAAGCACACUAAGCUCCCGGUUACAAGCUGUUGAGGUCUUUUCAACGCAGUGGAGUUCAGUUUAUAGGGUCAGAAAACUGUGGAUCAAAGAGACGGUGUUUUUAAGUACAAACAUGCUAUUUCCAUAUGCACAAAGCAGAUCUCUGUUGCAUGCUUCUUUUUCUGACUGUAUGAGCAGUAGACUCUAGGAUGCAGUACACGUCUGGUAUUAUUGUACAGUUUAGUAUUACAAUAUAAACUAUGUUAAUAUAUAUUUGUUGUAUGUUUUGAAAAGUGUUAUUCGAAAGAAAACGUUUUUAAUUGUUUCAGGAAAAAAAAAGUUUUGUUCCUGUUUUAUGUUCCGCUUAACUCAACUUAACUUUUCCAGAGAGACCCCACUAAUAUAUGUCAACCUUUUCUUUUGUAAAUAUGUUUCAAAGAGAUGUUGCAAAAAGAGAAGUUACUUGCAGAUUUUAUACAACGAGAACUGAAUGUGCUUUUACUACCGUAGACAGUUUGAAUCUUUA